GGAAGACCUAAGUAGAUAGCGUGAUGGAUUUAAUUUUAGUGUCUGCAUCUCCCCAGUGGCGAUGAUGAUCUCAAAAUGUAACAUUGUCAUCACUUGAGAGAUAAUGAUCUAGACGUACCAUCAUUAUGUGGUUUUCCUCAGUAGACUUGCAGUGUUUCAUUAUACAAACAGUACAUGUUUAUAUUUUUAUAUCACUUAUCAUAGACCCUCAUGAAUUACAUGGCUUAUGUUUAUUCAGCAGAAUCACAUCACCUGAAGAGAUGUAAUGUUUCAGAAACAUUCAAUUACCUAAGAUUACAAUUCCUUUCUUUCUUCUUGAGGUUAAGAAGUAGUCACACGCCGAAAGAAAGGUAGGUGAGGUCUUAAUGAGAUUUACUCUGCUCUUGAAGGCUGGAAUAUUUUCUACAUAAAAAAAGAGAGGUAAUCAUAAUCCCUUCUUUCUAAGGAAACAGACAAAAGGACACUGGUAUAAAACUUCCCCAAACAAUUCAAUAGGAGGAAGUGCUCGUCACUGACUUUUCCCCCCACCAUGAAGGCACAUUUCCUUCCUAGUCUUUGCUUCUCUUAUCUGGGAGAAUUUUUUUUUCCCAAGCGAAGCAUGAACAGUUGCUAAUUGGAAAAUGGAGGCUGAAUUUUACAUGGUGAUUCUUACCUGCUUGAUCUUCAGAAACUCAGAAGGUUUUCAGAUUGUCCAUGUCCAGGAACAACAGUGUCUUUUCAAAAAUGAGAAAGUGGUCAUGGGCUCAUGCAAUAGGACCAUCCAGAACCAGCAGUGGAUGUGGACUGAGGAUGAAAAGCUCCUUCACGUGAAAUCUGCUCAGUGCUUGGCCAUCUCCAACUCCUCUCACGGCCCCUCCCGCCCAGUCAUCUUAGCCCGUUGUUCCCAGGCACCCCGAUGGACCUGCUAUGAUCAGGAAGUCUUCCUUGAGGUAGAAAAUGCCUCUUUCUUUCUCCAGAAACAAAACUUCAGAGUAGUAGUGGUCAAGAAUGCCUGGAAAUGGCUCCAUAGCUGGAUGAAAAUAGACGUCAACAAGGAGGGAAAACUGGUCAAUGAAAGCCUCUGUUUAAAAAAAGCUGGCCUGGGAACAGAAGUUUCAGUGAGGAGCACUAGAAACACAGCUCCUCCCCAGAUUCCUACUACCUUUACUGCAGUUCCAGACAGCCUGGAACACCUUAUUAGGAACACCACAGAGGCCUUCAUCAGAAGUACUGCAGAAAGCUACAGCCAAAACAGCAGCGAGAGGCAGCAUCCCAGUCUGCACACGACUGGAAUUACAGACACAUCAUGGGUUUUGUCGACUACUCAGCCCUUCUUUAGCACCACUGAAGAGACUGGACUGGCGGAGCCAGAGAGAUGUAACUUCACCCUGGUGGAGUCCAAGGUCUCCAGCCAUUCCGUGUCUAUCCAGUGGAGAAUUUUGAGGCCACCCUGUAACUUUAGCCUCAUCUAUAGCAGUGACACCCUGGGGGGCACAUGGUGCCAUCCCUUUCGGAUAGACAACACCACAUAUGGAUGUAACCUUCAUGAUUUACAAGCAGGAACCAUCUAUAACUUCAGGAUUGUUUCUCUGGAUGGAGAAGAGAGAGCUGUGGACUUGCAAACAGAUCCUUUACCACCUGCUAGGUUUGGAAUCAGUAAAGAGAAGACUACUUCAACCAGCUUGCAUGUUUGGUGGACACCUUCUUCCGGAAAAGUCACCUGGUAUGAGGUGCAAUUAUUUGAUGAAAAUAACCAAGAAAUACAGGGGGUUCAAAUUCAAGAAAGUACGUCAUGGAAUGAAUACACUUUUUUCAAUCUCACUGCUGGUAGUAAAUACAAUAUUACCAUCACAGCUAUUUCCGGAGAAAAACGUUCUUCUUCAGUUUAUACCAGUGGAUCAACAGUGCCAUCUCCAGUGAAAGAUAUUGGUAUUUCCACAAGAGACAAUUCUCUCCUGAUUUCCUGGUCCCAUGGUUCUGGGAAUGUGGAACGAUACCGGCUGAUGCUAACGGAUAAAGGGAUCCUAGUUCAAGGCGGUGUUGUGGACAAACAUGCUACUUCCUAUGCUUUUCAUGGGCUGACACCUGGCUACAUCUACAACCUCACUGUUGUGACUGAAGCUGCAGGGCUGCAAAACUACAGGUGGAAAGUAAUCAGGACAGCCCCCAUGGAAGUCUCAAAUCUGAAGGUGACAAAUGAUGGCAGUUUGACCUCUCUAAAAGUCAAGUGGCAAAGACCUCCUGGAAACGUGGAUUCCUACAACAUCACCCUGUCUCACAAAGGGAUCAUCAAGCAAUCCAGAGUAUUAGCACCUCGGGUUACUGAAACUCACUUUAAAGAGUUAACCCCCGGACGACUUUAUCAAGUUACUGUCAGCUGUGUCUCUGGUGAACUGUCUGCUCAGAAGAUGGCACUGGGCAGAACAUUUCCAGACAAAGUUGCAAACCUGGAGGCAAACAGUAAUGGCUGGAUGAGGUCUCUUGCAGUGAGCUGGUCGCCCCCUACUGGAGACUGGGAGCAGUAUCGGAUCCUACUCUUCAAUGAUUCUGUGGUGCUGCUCAACGUCACUGUGGGAAAGGAAGAAACACACUAUGUCAUGGAUGACAUUGGGCUUAUACCGGGAAGACAGUAUGAGGUGGAAGUCACUGUUGAGAGCGGAAAUUUGAAGAAUUCAGAGCGUUGCCAAGGCAGGACAGUCCCCCUGGCUGUCUUCCAGCUUCGUGUCAAACAUGCCAAUGAAACCUCACUGAGCAUCAUGUGGCAGACCCCUGUAGCAGAAUGGGAGAAAUACAUCAUCUCCCUAGCCGACAGAGACCUCUUACUCAUCCACAAGUCACUCUCCAAAGAUGCCAAAGAAUUCACUUUUACUGACUUGGUGCCUGGACGAAAAUACAUGGCUACGGUCACCAGUAUUAGUGGAGACUUAAAAAAUUCUUCUUCAGUAAAAGGAAGAACAGUGCCCGCCCAAGUGACUGACUUGCAUGUGGCCAACCAAGGGAUGACCAGUAGUCUAUUUACGAACUGGACCCAGGCUCAGGGAGAUGCAGAUUUUUACCAGGUCUUACUGAUCCAUGAAAAUGUGGUCAUUAAAAACGAAAGCAUCUCCAGUGAGACCAGCAGAUACAGCUUCCACUCUCUCAAGUCCGGCAGCCUGUACUCCGUGGUGGUAACAACAGUGAGUGGAGGCAUCUCUUCCCGACAAGUGGUGGUGGAGGGAAGAACAGUCCCUUCCAGUGUGAGUGGAGUAACAGUGAACAAUUCCGGGCGUAAUGACUACCUCAGCGUUUCCUGGCUGCCGGCGCCCGGAGAUGUGGAUAACUAUGAGGUGACACUGUCUCAUGACAGCAAGGUGGUUCAGUCCCUUGUCAUCGCCAAGUCUGUCAGAGAAUGUUCCUUCAGCUCCCUCACCCCAGGCCGCCUCUACACUGUGACCAUAACUACAAGGAGUGGCAAGUACGAAAAUCACUCCUUCAGCCAAGAGCGGACAGUGCCUGACAAAGUCCAGGGAGUCAGUGUGAGCAACUCGGCCAGGAGUGACUAUUUAAGGGUCUCCUGGGUGCAUGCCACUGGAGACUUUGAUCACUAUGAUGUCACCAUUAAAAACAAAGACAACUUCAUUCAAACCAAAAGCAUUUCCAAGUCAGAAAACGAAUGUGUAUUUGUUCAGCUCGUCCCUGGACGGCUGUACAGUGUCACUGUUACUACAAAAAGUGGACUAUAUGAAGCCAGUGAACAAGGGAAUGGGAGAACAAUUCCAGAGCCUGUUAAGGAUCUAACAUUGCGGAAUAGGAGCACUGAGGAUUUGCACGUGACUUGGUCAAGAGCUAAUGGGGAUGUCGACCAGUAUGAGAUCCAGCUGCUCUUCAAUGACAUGAAAGUAUUUCCUCCUUUCCACCUUGUAAAUACUGCAACCGAGUAUCGAUUUACUUCCCUAACACCAGGGCGCCAAUACAAAAUUCUUGUCUUGACGAUUAGUGGAGAUGUACAGCAGUCAGCCUUCAUUGAGGGCUUCACAGUUCCUAGCGCUGUCAAAAAUAUUCGCAUUUCUCCCAAUGGAGCCACAGAUAGUCUGACGGUGAACUGGACUCCUGGUGGGGGAGAUGUCGAUUCCUACACGGUGUCAGCAUUCAGGCACAGUCAGAAGGUUGACUCUCAGACCGUCCCCAAGCAUAUCUUUGCGCACACGUUCCACAGACUGGAGGCCGGGGAGGAGUACCAGAUCAUGAUUGCCUCAGUCAGUGGGUCCCUGAAGAAUCAGAUAAAUGUGGUUGGACGGACAGUUCCAGCAUCUGUCCAAGGAGUAAUUGCAGACAAUGCAUACAGCAGUCAUUCCUUAAUAGUAAGUUGGCAAAAAGCUGCCGGUGUGGCAGAAAGGUACGAUAUCCUGCUUCUAAAUGAUAACGGAAUCCUUCUGCGCAACACGUCAGAGCCAGCCACCACUAAGCAACACAAAUUUGAAGAUCUAACACCAGGCAAGAAAUACAAGAUACAGAUCCUCACUGUCAGUGGAGGCCUCUUUAGCAAGCAAGCCCAGACUGAAGGCCGAACAGUCCCAGCAGCUGUCACGGACCUGAGGAUCACAGAGAACUCCACCAGGCACCUGUCCUUCCGCUGGACCGCCUCAGAGGGGGAGCUCAGCUGGUACAACAUCUUUUUGUACAACCCAGAUGGGAAUCUCCAGGAGAGAGCGCAAGUUGACCCGCAAGUCCAGAGCUUCUCUUUCCAGAACUUGCUACAAGGCAGAAUGUACAAAAUGGUGAUUGUAACUCACAGCGGGGAGCUGUCUAAUGAGUCUUUCAUAUUUGGUAGAACAGUUCCAGCCUCCGUGAGUCAUCUCAGGGGGUCCAAUCGGAACAUGACAGACAGCCUUUGGUUCAGCUGGAGUCCAGCCUCCGGGGACUUUGACUUUUAUGAGCUGAUUCUCUAUAAUCCCAAUGGCACAAAGAAGGAAAACUGGAAAGACAAGCACCUGACGGAGUGGCGGUUUCACAGCCUUGUUCCCGGAAGGAAGUACACACUGUGGGUGGUGACUCACAGUGGAGAUCUCAGCAAUAAAGUCACAGCGGAGAGCAGAACAGCUCCAAGUCCUCCCAGUCUUAUGUCAUUUGCUGACAUUGCAAACACAUCCUUGGCCAUCACAUGGAAGGGGCCCCCAGACUGGACAGACUACAACGACUUUGAGCUGCAGUGGUUGCCGAGAGAUGCACUUACUGUCUUCAACCCCUACAACAACAGAAAAUCAGAAGGACGCAUCGUGUAUGGUCUUCGCCCAGGGAGAUCCUAUCAAUUCAGUGUCAAGACUGUCAGUGGUGAUUCCUGGAAAACUUACAGCAAACCAAUUUUUGGAUCUGUGAGGACAAAGCCUGACAAGAUACAAAACCUGCAUUGCCGGCCUCAGAACUCCACAGCCAUUGCCUGUUCUUGGAUCCCUCCCGAUUCUGACUUUGAUGGUUAUAGUAUUGAAUGCCGGAAAAUGGACACCCAAGAAGUUGAGUUUUCUAGAAAGCUGGAGAAAGAAAAAUCUCUGCUCAACAUCAUGAUGCUAGUGCCCCAUAAGAGAUACCUUGUAUCCAUCAAAGUGCAGUCGGCCGGCAUGACCAGCGAGGUGGUUGAAGACAGCACUAUUACAAUGAUAGACCGCCCCCCUCCUCCACCCCCACACAUUCGUGUGAAUGAAAAAGAUGUGCUAAUUAGCAAAUCUUCCAUCAACUUUACUGUCAACUGCAGCUGGUUCAGCGACACCAAUGGAGCUGUGAAAUACUUCACAGUGGUGGUGAGAGAGGCUGAUGGCAGUGAUGAGCUGAAGCCAGAACAACAGCACCCUCUCCCUUCCUACCUGGAAUACAGGCAGAAUGCUUCCAUUCGGGUGUAUCAGACUAAUUAUUUUGCCAGCAAAUGUGCCGAAAAUCCUGACAGCAACUCCAAGAGUUUUAACAUUAACCUUGGAGCAGAGAUGGAGAGCCUAGGUGGAAAAUGCGAUCCCACUCAGCAAAAAUUCUGUGAUGGACCACUGAAGCCACACACUGCCUACAGAAUCAGCAUUCGAGCUUUUACACAGCUCUUUGAUGAGGACCUGAAGGAAUUCAUAAAGCCACUCUAUUCAGACACAUUUUUUUCUUUACCCAUCACUACUGAGUCAGAGCCCUUGUUUGGAGCUAUUGAAGGCGUGAGUGCCGGUCUGUUUUUGAUUGGCAUGCUAGUGGCUGUUGUUGCUGUAUUGAUCUGCAGACAGAAAGUGAGCCAUGGUGGAGAAAGACCCUCUGCCCGUCUGAGCAUUCGUAGGGAUCGACCAUUAUCUGUUCACUUAAACCUGGGCCAGAAAGGUAACCGGAAAACAUCCUGUCCAAUAAAAAUAAAUCAGUUUGAAGGACAUUUCAUGAAGCUGCAGGCUGACUCCAACUACCUUCUAUCCAAGGAAUACGAGGAGUUAAAAGAUGUGGGUCGAAACCAGUCAUGUGACAUUGCACUCUUGCCAGAGAAUAGAGGGAAAAAUCGAUACAACAAUAUAUUGCCCUAUGAUGCCUCGCGAGUGAAGCUGUCUAAUGUAGACGAUGAUCCUUGCUCUGACUACAUCAACGCCAGCUACAUCCCUGGCAACAACUUCAGAAGAGAAUACAUCGUCACUCAGGGACCGCUUCCUGGGACCAAGGAUGACUUCUGGAAAAUGGUGUGGGAACAAAACGUUCACAACAUCGUCAUGGUGACCCAGUGUGUUGAGAAGGGCCGAGUAAAGUGUGACCAUUAUUGGCCAGCGGACCAGGAUUCCCUCUACUAUGGGGACCUCAUCCUGCAGAUGCUCUCAGAGUCCGUCCUGCCUGAGUGGACCAUACGGGAGUUUAAGAUAUGCACUGAGGAACAGCUCGAUGCACACAGACUCAUCCGCCACUUUCACUAUACGGUGUGGCCAGACCAUGGAGUCCCGGAAACCACUCAGUCUCUGAUCCAGUUUGUGAGGACUGUCAGGGACUACAUCAACAGAAGCCCCGGUGCUGGGCCCACUGUGGUGCACUGCAGUGCUGGUGUGGGUAGGACUGGAACCUUCAUUGCAUUGGACCGAAUCCUCCAGCAGUUAGACUCCAAAGACACUGUGGACAUUUACGGAGCCGUGCACGACCUGAGACUUCACAGGGUUCACAUGGUCCAGACCGAGUGUCAGUAUGUCUACCUGCAUCAGUGUGUAAGAGAUGUCCUCAGAGCAAGGAAGCUACGGAGUGAACAAGAAAACCCCUUGUUUCCCAUCUACGAAAAUGUGAAUCCAGAGUAUCACAGAGAUCCAGUCUAUUCAAGGCAUUAAGAAUGUACCUGAAGAGCUCCUGGAUAAAAAUUAUUCACUGUGUGAUUUGUUUAUAAAAACUUGCUUCAUGCCCUACAGAGGUGCCAGCUAUUUCUGUUGAUACUAUGUAUAAUUUAUUAAUCUGGAGAAUGUUUAAAAUUUUAUAUAAUUUAAAGGUAACAUUAUUGUACAUAGUUGUAUUUUGUAGUUUCUUCUGUAAAUAUGUGUUUUUCAUAAUGUUUAAUAUUAAGCUUUAUAUAAUUCUAUUUUUCCACACUAAAGUGUUCAUGACUUGUUCUACAUAAACUAAUUCAACCUGUAUAACAAGACUACUAGUUAAAUGCAUAUGGAGGUGGUGGCAGAGACAAUCCCUUAGGCCAUGUUUUCUACCUGUUGUGAUAGUCACUGGACAGGAUAAAGGGCAAGGCUAGAGAGAGCAAAUACUAUGGCUAGCUUUGUUGCAUUGCUGUCCCAUGAAUCUCGACAGCCAACAGGCAUGUCCUAACAUGCUAUUAGGACAAAUGUAACAGUCAAAAAUAGGAUUCGAGGGAGAAAAAGGAAUUAAGCAGUACCAAAGCUGAACCGGGUGGUUGUGGCUGAACUAGCUGCUCUCUCUCCCUUCUCCUACCAGGGAUUGAGGCCAAAGGGGUCUGGGAUCAUGUAACUUGCAGUCCAAGCCCAGGAUGUAGGGUUGAGGGUUCUGACUGACAGAGAAUAAUUCCAAACAGAAGUGAUGAAUUCCUUUUGUUAAGAAGAUGCCAGCUGUACCCAGACUAGAAACAACAUGCAAAGCACUAACUAUAGUGAUUAGAGAUUCUUUCAUUGCAUCCACGGUGUGGCGUGUGAGCAGGCACACCCAUACUGUAUUUAUAUUGUCUCUUUUUCAGUAGUCUCCAUUCCUGGAAAAGUCACAAUUAUCCAUUUCUACUUGGUUUCCCAUUAAAAGAAUAUUAUGGUGGCAGAUCAUGCCCCUGAUUAAAAGACUUCAUGCCAAUAGUUUCAUAGAAAUGACUACAAACAUAUUUUAAAUUUAAAAAAAAAAAAACAGCAUGAACAAAAACAGCGGUCGUUAAUAAAAUUUUCAAAACUUUAGUAAAUCAAUGAAGUCAAAAUGUCAAGGAGUCACCUAAAGUUGCACUUAAUAACAAAAGGCACUACAUACUGUACCAAGUUUAUCUCCAAUAUUUGUGCCUUACUUUGACUACAACAAAUUCCAGUGAAUCAGAAAGUGGGCAUUCCCUUCAUCAAGGUCAGUUCUGAGAGCGUUCCUGGGAAAAAUCUGAAAGGCAUUUGUAUGGAAUCUUCAUAGAUGCCUGAGAAGAUGAGCUGGAGAUGUUGGCCUUUUUCAUGCUACAAAUUUUUCUGUAAUAAACUUGGGAAUUAGAGGUCAA